UCUGUUAAGAGGCACCGCUUCUGACUUGAGCUGGGCCCUCCUGCAUUUUGAACCACAGCCUUACGUGCUGCCUACCAGCUGUGCCAUGCCCUGCCCUCCCAUCGUGCUGCUGUGCCACAUCUUGAGGCAGUUGCUCACCUUGUGUUCCAUCUGAAGCCGGCUCUGGGUCACCCAGGAGAGCAACUGCUGAGCCUGUAACAUGGAGGAUUGCCUUCAUACGUCAUCCGAAAAUCUUUCCAAACUUGUCAGUUGGGCCCACAGUCACGGGACCAUAUGCAGCCUGAUUCCAAAUCUGAAGCAUUUGCUGUCAGAAGGUUCCCAUGGCAACCUGACAGCUAUGUGGGGCUGCAGUGCCGGCCAUGCUUACCACUGGCCCCUGACUGCCACUUGUAGGGCUGGGUCCCAGGAGAGGGUUUGUUUCCAAGACAACCGGAGCUUCAAUUCCGAUAGUCCCAGCAUCAUCGGGGUGCCCUCAGAAACGCAAACCAGCCCCGUGGAGAGGUAUCCCGGGCGACCGGUGAAAGCCAAGCUGGACUGCAACCGAACCCGAGACUCUUGCGACUUCUCUUACUGCAGCGAGCCUUCAGAACUGGAUGAAGCUGUCGAGGAAUAUGAGGACGAAGCUACUCUGUUUGACAUGGUCUGUGAAUCUUCCGUGACCGAUGAAGAUAGUGAUUUUGAACCUCAAACCCAAAGGUCUCAAAACGUCAUUCGCAAAAGGCACGGGGUCGGCGCGUCGUCCGUCCUCACGAGCUCCCAGCCUCAAGUCGCCGACGAAAGCGGCGGCGAUGUCGUCGUCAAAAAAAUUAAACAGGAAAUCCCUGAAGAUUACUACAUCGUCGCUAACGCGGAGCUGACCGGGGGGGUGGAUGGUCCGGCGUUGUCAUUGACACAGAUGGCCAAGCCCAAGCCUCAGCCUCAUGCCGGACCCUCUUACGUGGGACCCGCUAAGCCAGCUUCCCACGGAACACCAACGCUCAGCGCAGAGCUAGACCUGCAGAGUGUUUCGGCUUCCCCACCUAUCAUCUCCAGAUCUGCGGUCCAGAAGCCCGCCAGAGUAUCUCUGGCUUCGCCGAACAGAGGGCCGGUAACCACCCACGGCGCCAGUCAGCAAGUGGCGAUGCAGGUGCCCGUGAGCACUUCCAACCCCAACAAACAGAUUAGCAUUCCCCUGUCCGCCCUGCAGCUCCCUGGACAAGAGGAGCAAGUGACUUCUGAAGAGCUUCUGCCCGCUCUGCCAAACCAGGUCCCGGCCUGUGAAGUAGCUCUCUCCCCUUCUAUUAGCACCGAGCCGGAAGUGAGUUCAAGUCAGCAGCAGCCCAACACUGCUCCAAACGUUGCCGCCGAAGCUACUGCCCAGUCAGUGCCAGCAUAUUCGACUAAGCUCAACAAAUUUCCUGUUUUUAAUUUUAAUGAUGACCUGAAAGAUCUGUGCAUCAGUGCUGUGAGCCCAAACACUACCAAGGCUACUUUAUAUGCUCUUAAUGUGUGGAGAUAUUGGUGCAUGACUAAAGGACUUAAAGAUUACAUGGAUAUUACCAAGAUUCCCGCUGUGAAGCUGAAUGAGCUCCUAGAGGAUUUUUACAUCACCGUAAAGAAGACCGAUGGCUCAGACUUCCUGGCGACAUCCCUCCAUGCCAUCCGCCGUGGCUUAGACCGCAUCUUAAAAAAUGCUGGCGUGGGCUUCUCCAUCACCAGCAGCACUUUCAGCUCCUCCACCAAGAAGCUCAAGGAGAAGCUCCGAGUGCUGAGCAAGGCGGGGAUGUCAGGGGCUCGCUCCCGCAACAUCGUUUAUUUCUCCCUCUCUGACGAAGAGGAGAUGUGGCGGACAGGAUGCCUGGGGGACGAGAGCCCCGUUGCCCUCCUCUCCAGCGUGGUCAAGUACAACAGCCAAUAUCUGAACAUGCGAACCUUGCAGGAGCAUGCAGACCUGAUGUACGGAGACAUCGAGCUGCUCAAAGACUCUCAGAAUCGACCUUUCUUCGCUCGAACGGACAGCGUGAAACGAGAGAACCGGGCCAAUGCUAAUAAAGUGUGUUAUGGGCAGAUCUACCAUGACCACUCUAAGGGACACAAGUUGUGCCCCUAUUGCCUCCUGUAUAAGUACAUGUACAUUCAUCGGCCCCCGACCCAGAUGGAGGCCAAGUCGCCAUUUUAUCUUACCGCCCGGAAGGAGGUCAGCGGAAUGGGCAAUGUGUGGUAUGAAGAUCAGAGAAUGGGGCUCCGCUCCCUCAGGGGGGUUGUCCCAAAGCUGGCCAAGAAAGUCAAGCUUGAAAACUGUGAGAACUUCACUUUUGUUUCAUUUACUCAGGCCUCCAGAAAAUUUGGUCCACUAAACUGCUAUCAAUAAGCCUUCUCCUUCCUCCAACUGCCCUUUCUCCCCGAUUCAGUCCAUUAGGGGCAUGGAAGAAGGUCGGCACGAGUGCUGAGGAAGAUGGUGUAUUUGAAUAGCGAGCCUGGUGACAAUCAGAAAGAGGUUAUCCUGCUGGAUUCCAUUUUUUUUUUUUAAAUCAAAGCAGCUGCUGCUGAAGUUAGAAUAUCCAAAUGUAUGUUACUAUAUUCUAUUUUUAAAAUAACGUAUAGCGCUGCAUAUGCAAGAAUUCUACUACAGUGAGGAAAUCCAUUUAAUACAGUGCCUUCUAGCACAGGUUUUCUCAAAGAGAAAAAGAAUAGGUGAAGUUUUUUUUGUUUUUUUGAAUCCCAGUAGCCUUGUAGCUUUAGGAUAUUGUGAAGAAAGUACAUUGCUGUCAAAUUACACAGAGGAAGAGAGUGGAAAGAGAGAGAGGCAGAUGCAUUGAAUAUUUCCUGGAGAAAAAUUGCAUUUGACACUCCUUUAUAUUUUGUUGAUGGAUAACCUAGUUCUGCAAAGCGAGCAACAUAGCUUGAUAGUAGGUCCUGAAGCUAUGCUCAGUCACAAUGAUCAGAAAGCAGGAACCUGCUGCCUUAGCUCUCAGUAGUGGUGGAAUACUGCUUUCCCCUCUCAACGGAGACAGUUCAUGAAGCAAGAUUAAUGGACCAAAAAGGGUUUUUAUGUUUAGGACAACAUUUCCUCUGCAAUGAUGGUCUGAGCUGUCGUGGAUUUUCCCCGUAACAAGCGUGACUCUGAGUGAAGGACUGGUGAUCAAAGACUGAGAGCUUUUGAAGCAGAAGUGCCUAAGUUCUAUUUCUUCACGAACAAUUCUAAGAUUUUUUUUUUCAUCUAUUCACGGUGUCUGGACGAUAGCUGUCUUUUCGUUACGCAGUAGUUUACACUGGAUCUGGAGAAUUACUAAAGGUAAUUCAGUCAACCAAUGGUAUUGAUUGAGCUCUGACUAAGUGCAGAACACUGAACUAAGCACUUGGAAGAGAACAAUGUAACAGUUGGUAGGUACGAUCUUAGGGGAUUCGUUCAUCUAGGAAAAAAUCCCAAACUCAUCCUAGACAAACCUUGAAAGUCAUUCAUUUAUGAAGGCAAAUUGUUUUAAGGCACAAUAGAGUAAUAAUGCCUUGUUUUUUGUAGCGUGCUUUUAUUCCCAAAGCACUCUUACAUUACUUAUCUCAUUGUUACCCUCACAAUAACCUUAGGCAGGUAGGUAGAAAGGCUGUUAGAAUUAGCCCCAUUUUGCAGAUGAGGAAACCGAGGUACAGAGAGGUGAAGUGACUCGCCCAAGGUCACAGACCAAGCCAGUGGCAGAGCUAGGACUCGUGCACGAGACCUCCAACUUCCAGACUGGUGCUUUUCCACUACCACUGCAAAAUGGAUCCUGAGAAGUAGCUUGGGAGUCAAUAGUACCUGGAUUCUAAUCCUGGCUCUGCUACUUACCUGCUUUGUGAC